GAGAGGAGAGAGUCCUUGGAUGAAGUACGUCUGGUACCGCAUCCUCCAACCGGUCACAAUCCAGCUAAUAUCAGCUGGAGGAGAUAAAGGAGCAGCAGCCAGGCUGUAAACCCGUCACAAGGCCGGUCCGGCGCGGGCACAUUUAGCAGAAACUUCGGGAGUCUUAUAGCGAAAGAAAAGCGGAUAAAAUAAACAAUGAACGCGACUGCGGAGUACGAUUUCGAGCGUCUGUUCGACGAAAGACGAGCCCAGGAAUGGAUGCAGGAAAACUGGAGCAAAGCCUUCAUGUUCUGCGGUCUGUACGCUGCGUUCGUGUUCGGCGGGCAGCACUUCAUGAAGGAAAGGCCGAAGCUGAACCUGCGCCGGCCGCUGAUGCUGUGGUCGCUCAGCCUCGCCAUCUUCAGCAUCAUAGGAGCCCUGAGGACUGGAUCGUACAUGCUGCACAUCCUCACCACCAGCGGCUUCAGACAGUCGGUGUGUGACAACAGCUUCUACAGCGCCCCCGUCAGCAAAUUCUGGGCCUACGCCUUCGUUCUCAGCAAGGCCCCCGAGCUCGGUGACACGGUGUUCAUCGUCCUGCGGAAGCAGCGCCUCAUCUUCCUGCACUGGUACCACCACAUCACCGUGCUGCUCUACUCCUGGUACUCCUACAAGGACCAGGUGGCGGGCGGCGGCUGGUUCAUGACCAUGAAUUACCUGGUCCACUCUCUCAUGUACACGUACUACGCGGUCAAGGCGGGUGGCCUGCGGGUGCCCCGCCCCUUCGCCAUGAUCAUCACGGCCACCCAGAUCCUGCAGAUGGUGAUGGGCCUGGCGGUGCUGGGCCUGGUGUACCGCUGGAUGCACGAGGUGCGCUGCCCGUCCUACUUGGAUAACAUCGCGUGGGGCACCCUCAUGUACCUCAGCUACUUGGUCCUCUUUGCCUUGUUCUUCUACAAAUCCUACCUCGGGGGCUCCUCCGGGGACAAAGGGUCCAAAGCAGAGUAGCGUGUCUUGUGUUGUUGAAGCGUGCCAUAACGUAGAAAGUGACCAGCUGCGAGGCGGCCAUGACUGUGUGAGCCACAACCAGCUGAUUGCUUCAUGCUGACUCAUGGGCCUCCUCAGUUUCACCUGACUUUUUUAUAGGCACCUGUAGCUCGACACAGUGACGCAUUCAUGGAUUUAGAGGAGACCGGUUCAGGUUCAUUUAAAGGCACAGUGCGUAGGGCAUCUUUCAGCAGAAAUGGAACAUAAUAUACAUAAAUAUGUUUUCAUUAGUGUAUAAUCCCCUGAAACUAUUUUCGUUAGCUUAGCAUGACCGUCAUAAAUACAUAAAGAUCAGGAGGCGGAGUCCGCCGCGUUGCACCGCCAUGUUUUUUCUACGGUAGCCCAGAACGGACAAACCAAACGCUGACUUUCAAGUGUUUACGUCACCUGUCUGACGUCCGUUGCUCCUCAAGUUGUAACGGUCAGGACGGUCACAGGCUUGUAAAGUCCAGGAGUGAGCGGAGAGGUAUUUAGUUAGCAAACAGACCACUAGAUCCUACACACUGUGCCUUUAAGAAGGGAAAUAGAGUAACGUGUUUGUGCUUGACAAACACGUUACUUUGUCCUCACUGCAUUUAUAUUAUCGCCUCGGUGACUUAGACUCUUGACCAGUAGAAAACAACCUUUGAAGGACAAAUGUGCGUUUGUUGUAACAGAAAAGAGAUCAUCCUUAAAAGCUCUGAAGUAGAACAAAAUAAUAGAUUUAAUGUACUGAUGAAUUUAGAAUAGUUAAAGGAACAGUUCAACAUGUUGGGAAAAGGAAGCUCGUCACGCUUUAAGUAUUGAUCUGAUGGUUAGCUUAGCAUAAAGACUUGCAGCAGAGGGAAACAUCUCUCCAGUUUUAUUAGUUUUAUCUAAAGUGGGAACAGAAACCUCUAAAAUAACGUAAAUAAUUAAACGUCAAAAGUCCUGCUUCCAGUCUUUACGCUAAGCUACGCUAACACUGUAACACACCGCUUAGACGGAAAACAAGAAGUCCAAUUACCCAAAAUGUUGAACUAUUCCUUUAUAAUCUGUUUAG